AUGGUCCGGAUUGCAGCUUUUGAGGUCGAGCAAUGGAUGGACGAGUACGAGACCACCCCGGGCUGCCUCAACAUCGCCGAGACCUGCGCCGCCUCCGUCUCCGUCGACGACCUGGUCGCCCUUUCCGAGGACAAGCGCGCGCCCGGCCCCGUCGACUUUUCCACCAAGCUGGUCUACGGCCCCAUCCGCGGCUCCGUCCCGCUCCGUCGGAGGGUCGCCGCGCUUUGUGGCAGCCAAGCCGGCCCGACCCACCGCGCCUCGUCGUCCCCCGAUUUGCUCGAUGAGACCGAUGUGCUCAUCACCCAGGGCGCCAUCGGUGCCAACUUCUUGUUGCUAUACACCCUCGUCGGCCCCGGCGACCAUGUCAUUUGCGUCUAUCCCACAUACCAGCAGCUCUACGGCGUUCCCGAGAGUCUCGGCGCCGACGUUUCCUUGUGGAGGCUCAGGAGGAAGAAUGGCUUUGUGCCUGACGUCGGCGAGCUCGAUGACCUCGUCAAGCCCAACACUAAGAUGAUCAUCAUCAACAACCCAAACAACCCCACCGGCGCACCAAUCCCGGAGCCGGUCCUUGCCUCAAUCGUCGCCUUUGCCAAGGCCCGAGACAUCAUUGUCUUCUCGGACGAGGUCUACCGACCCCUGUUCCAUGACUUCUUUGACAACGGCGACGACGCCUCCCAUGUCCCACCCCCGAUCACGGCCUUCGGCUACGACAAGGUCGUCGUCACGGGCUCCAUGUCCAAGUCCUACGCCCUCGCCGGCAUCCGCAUCGGCUGGAUCGCGUCGCGGGACAAGGGCAUCAUCCAGGCGGUCGCCUCAGCGCGGGACUACACCACCAUCAGCGUCUCGCAGAUCGAUGACCAGAUCGCCUCGUACGCGCUGUCGAAGCCCGUCUGGGGCCCCUUGCUGAGGCGGAACGUCGCGCUUGCAAACACGAACAAGGCUCUCCUUGAGGCCUUUGUCGAGAAGUACAAGGGCACCUGUUCGUGGGUCAAGCCCAGCGCCGGCACGACAGCGUUUGUCCGGUUUACCCACGAGGGCAAGCCGGUCGACGACGUCCGUUUCUGUCUGGACGUGCUCAACAAGACCAAGGUGUUUUUUGUCCCGGGGUCUAGGUGCUUCGGCCACGGGAAGGACUUCGCGGGCUACGUGAGGAUUGGCUACGUCUGUCAUACCGAGGUGCUCAGGGAGGCCCUGGAGAAACUCGGACACUACAUGGACACUGAUUUCUCAUUGGCAAUGAGCUAA